AUGCUGGCUUUGUCUGAUGAGGUUCGAGGUAGACGGGUCUGGACUUGUUUCUCCUUGGGUCUGGGGCAAGUCUUUGGGCAUUCAGCGACGGUUGCUGCAGGUCAGGAUGAUUCGGGGCCUUUUGCCUGGAGACUCUCGGCGUCAAAAAGCGACGCUGGCGUCCCCCAGGGUCCGGGCGUCCCCCAGAGUCCGGGCGUCCCCCAGGUUCCGGGCGUCCCCCAGAGUCCUACCGUCCCCUGCGUGGCUGGUGUCAGUGCAGACGUUUGGGAUUGGUCGAGUGCGGGAGGAACAGACCCUGAAUUGUAUUGGGCAACGCGCUUUUGGGUGCCAUUGGAUGAGGAGGGAUACGGCCGAUUGGCGCCCGCGAUUUUAGUCACCCGUCCGCUCUUUCGCCGUUCCAAGUGGAGGGCGAAAUGGGAACGAGCUAAGGAUGUUCAUGACACGAUAGGAUUUGAUGCGAAGUCGUGGGGUCUAGCUUCGGCAGGUCCGAUACGCCCGGCUUUCAUUCCGACAGUGGCCCGGGGUGGCUUCGAGUCACAUCAGAUGUUACAUAGAACGCUCACCCCCAAGGCUUGGAUGAGGCUGAGGACUAUAGGGCCCGAAAGCUUCGCGAAAUGUGGACUGGUUUAUGUAGAGCUCGGUGCUAUCAUUUCCAGGUAUUACCGAUACCCCUAUGGUGUUCUCGAUGAGACGAUUCAUCAGACGGUGAUGGACAUGAUGUUUCCCAAGGACAAGAAGGACAUGUCCCGGGGAGAACUCCGAGGACGCCACAAUGACUGGGUCACGGGCUGUCUUCUACAGCAUGCGGACGCAGACACCACACGGCUUACGGAAUUUUGCGCCAACGACUUAGGCUAUAAUCCCUGUUCAUUUAAGAAGCAUCCGUUUCUUCAAUGUCUCACACGGCGGUUACGGGUCUCUACCGCCAUAAGAGGUGCCCCGGAACGCUUAAACAUCUUGCAGAUCACUCUCGCAGGACUGCCGGUCGUAUCGGCGGAAAAAUACGCACAACUAACUGACAAGCAACUUUACGACGACAUGCGGCAAACAGCUAAAGAGGCGACUGUCGGAGCGCUCACCCAAGAGCAAUUGGUUCGAGAAGAUUGGGAUAAAGCUUUGGCGGAAUGUGAACCGGCUGAGGCGGAGUCGACAGGUGGGGCGGGAUCAGAAGAGUGUCGAGUAAUAUUCCUCCAGAGAGCCAGGGAGAAGGCUUUGCCCGGACGUCGUUCUGCUGUAGAUCCAGGCCGCCAUGUUGAUCGCCUUGCCACGACACCGUCGGGAACGCUGAAGGACGCGCUGGAUUUGAUGCCUCCUGGUACGUACACAACAACACGUAGCAGGGGAAUGAUCAGUCAGAAGGCGUUGUCGAGAAAGAGACGAAUUCCGCUCGAAUAUCCUGACCUGGCGAAAAAAAGGGGGAUUGAAGGCGGGUCCGGGUCGACCUUGGACGGGCACUCGGCGGCCGAUACAGCGGCGGUCGAGGAACCGGCGCUGGACGUACCGACGGUCGAUGUACCCGUAAUCGCCGUGCCAGCAACUCACAGCGUCUCACAUUCCGACUGCAUGGUACGUUGUGACAGUCAUGAUGGGCAGUCAAGCAAGGCCCCAACCAUUCAACAGCUGGAAUGGCUCGUAAAUCAUGACUUAGGAUCUGUAGAGGAUGACCGGUUCAUGGAUACAUUCGCCGAGGCAGUGUGGAAGGAAUAUGGACCACUGUUGUCGAUUCCCAUGGACCAUUUGAUGGCUAACGGGAACGACCUCCCGCUCGAGCAGCUUGCAGCGGGGCUAUAG